CUCCAAGUUGGUUAAAUCAAAAAACCAGUUUACUCAAUCCGACGGAUUCGUGAAUUCGUAUUUUAGAUUUCCUUCGAAUGGUUAGUUGAUGCCUGUAACCGGGAGCUAUCGGACGAGCUAGCCGGUGUUACGUUGCGGCAUUUCACCACUCUUUUAAUCGUUCUCACAAAUUAAUUUGUAUAAGCUCGUUAAAUAAUUUAUAAAUUAAUUAUCUUGUUGAAAAUUAAAACAAAAAAAUUAUCAAGAUGAUAAAUUUUAAGUUAAUGUUUCGAACAUAAUGUUUUUGUCAAAAAUUUGAUGAAGAUAUUUUUAAAUUUAUCAAAAAAAAAAAAUAAAAUAAAUUAUAUACAUAUGUAUAUCUCCCACGGAAUUUAAUAAAUAAAAAAAAAUACAUCAAUGAUUUGAGUGUUUAAGAGCUUCGCAUUUAAUUAAAUGACGUGAAGUUGAGAAAAAUUGAAAAAAAAUCUUGAUCUUGAGAUGAUGGCUAAAAAAAUGUGCUGCCGUCCAAUUCUCUGAGUGAAUUAUAUUAAUGUUUUAAGAAAAUAAAUUUAUUUUUGUGGUGAAAAUUAAAGAAUGUUCACAAUUUCAUUGUGCGUUGUUUUUUUUCUUCUUCCAUAUUAAAAUAAUUAAUGCAAAUAAAUUAAAUUUAUCUUAAAAAAUUAUUGUAUCGUGUGGUUGGUUUUGGUACUGGGCAACAAAAAGUGUCGUGUAUUUAAGUGAUUUUUUAUGCGCGAGUCCUUAUUUAUAUAGUCUCUUGAAGGAUAGCAUAAUAAAAAUUAUUUAUUGUUAUAAAUUGAAAAAAAAGGACUUUCGUCCAGCGAAUACGCAAGGAUAAUAAAAGUGCAGCUGAAUUAUUGGAAGGAUUUAUUCGUGCAGCGAGUUUAUUUGCGUAGCAGCUAUAAAGGAAGCGGAUAAUCCGUUACAUCUUAACAAACUCCAUCUAUAAGCCUCAAGAAAAAAUAAUAAUCCUACAGGACGUUGGUGGAGUAAACAAAAAAAUGGCCUUCAUUGAUAAACUAAUAGAUACGAAUUAUAAAUUUAAAAGAAAUAAUACUCAUAAACAGAUACAGCUUAUUAAUAAAUAAAACCUAAAAAGAAAUUAAAGUUUAAAAAAAAACUUAACUACAAAAUCAAAAAUAAACUAAAAACAAAAAACAAAAAAAAACAAAAGAACAUCUACCAUGGUGGGUGGUAAUCAAACUGCCAUUUUCCUGGAGAUGUUCGCCAAUGAGGAAACACCCCGUGACGAAAUUUUCAAAAGUGAUUGGUUUAAAAACAAUGUCAGCCAGUUGUUCAAUAUUUCUGAGAAGAACUUGACGAAUUUGCUGGAUAAUUAUAUUGAAUUAGAUGGAAAUGCCGAACGUGAUUCGAUAGCUUUGCUGUCCGUGAUAACUGUGUGCUAUGCCCUGAUAUUCAUCGCCGGCAUAUUGGGAAAUCUAAUAACUUGCAUUGUGAUCAAUAGGAAUAAGUUUAUGCACACAGCAACGAAUUUUUAUUUAUUUAAUUUAGCCGUAUCGGAUUUAAUAUUAUUGCUAUCAGGCAUGCCAAAUGAAUUAUACAGCAUGUGGUAUCCAACAUCGUAUCCUUUUACCGAUGUCGUUUGCAUCAUUGGCGGAAUCCUGUCGGAGACUGCUGCCAAUGCAACUGUCCUUACAAUAACGGCAUUCACAGUCGAACGAUACAUUGCCAUAUGUCAUCCUUUUAGACAGCACACCAUGUCGAAAUUAUCCCGGGCGAUAAAGUUCAUCCUGGCAAUUUGGGUGGCUGCCUUUCUGUUGGCGUUACCACAAGCGAUGCAAUUUUCCGUUAUGAAGCAAAAUGACACCAAAGUUUGUUCGGUGAAAAAUGAUUUAACACAAGACGUUUUUGUUGUUUCGGGAUUUAUAUUCUUCGGAGGACCAAUGACUGCCAUUUGCGUUCUGUACGUACUAAUUGGAGUAAAACUUAAGCGAAGCAGAAUGCUGCAGGCUGUCCCAAGGAGAUGUUUUGAUCUGAAUCGAGGCAUCAGUGCACAAACGCGAGUUAUACGAAUGUUAAUAGCUGUGGCAGUUGCCUUUUUCCUGUGUUGGGCGCCACAUCACGCCCAACGACUAAUGGCAGUUUAUGGUUCCAGCAUCGGUGACACCUCCCCACUAUACAAUGAGAUUUACUCCAUCCUAACAUACAUCUCUGGCGUCAUAUACUUUCUGUCGACAUGUAUCAAUCCAUUGCUCUACAACAUCAUGAGUCACAAGUUCAGGGAUGCUUUUAAGGUUACCCUGGCCCGUCACUUUGGCCUGACUGGACGAUACCAGACCACAAAUCACAAUUACAGCGCUCUGCUGCGUCAGAACGGUUCGAUGCGUCUGCAUACAACGGUGAAUAACAAUGCAAUCGAUCAUUAUAAUUCCUAUAGAGUAGUCCAAUUGCAAUGUCGUGAUCCACAUCAUAUUUCUCUGCAGGAUAGUGUGAGGACGAAUGGGAAUAGUUGCAGAGCCCACCGCAUGCGGUGUGUGUCCGUCAGUAGCCAGUCGACCUUGAUGACCUCGCUCAGCAAGAACGAUGUAUUUGCAACAAACAGUUAUGUGCUGCAAUCUGCAACCGCAGUUGCCGCAGCAGCUGUUAAUAGCACGCCAAAGAUGGCCGGAGUGCCCACCCAUCGUGGAGAAUUACACACUCAAAUAUCGCAGGUCUCCUCGUUGGAUGAUGCCAAUUCGCUGCUAGAGUCAGAAAUUGCCCACAACCAUCACCACCAGUCGUCGUACCGGUUAAAGGAGAUGCGUCGACCGCAGGGCUACCUACCGGCACAGCUUGUCUCCAGUGACGAGUUGUCACUGGACUCAGGUGAGUGGACAGACAAUAACUUGGACAUGAGCAAUAGAUGCUCAGACAAUGAGACUGACGUGUUCCCCAAGUCGGGCAUUGAACGGGCGGGAACACCAUUGAGAGUGCAAGAACUGAGAUGUCAUCCUGGCGGCGGAAUACACUAUAACGGCUCGGUGAGCACAACUCGCCGACCGAAACUCUCCAGUAUUAUCCGUCGGGAUCCGCAUUCGACGAAUAGUCGUGUAGAGUUGAGGAAUUCGUCCCGCAAACCAGCCAGCAAGACGCUAGAAAGCCUUUCGGAUAAAAUUCGCUGGCGAACAAGGCGGAAAAUGAAUUUUCUACGCGGAACUGGUAGCAAUAAAAAUCCUUCCAUAAAGGAAUCCAAUUCGUCAGUAUCCCUGCCUGUGUCACCAGUUAAGCCAAUUGCAAAUAGCACAGUUAAGGUCCAUGUCGGCCUUCAUGAGAUUACAACGAACGGAAACGGAGAAUACAAUUCUGUUUCAUAAAUUUAAAUCAAAAUACAUAUAUAAAAACCUAACUAUACCCAACCCACGUUUAAUGCCGUUAAAGUUUCUAAGAAUUUUAUUCUGUCCACAUACAAAAAAUGGGGAAACAUUAUACGCUUUUCCCUCUCAAAAAAAAAAAUCAAUACUGGUAAAGCUACUUUAAAAAAAAAAAACAAUGAUUAAAUAAAAUGAAAAUGAAAAAUACUUUGGAUUGCUGUGACAUCUCUCAUUACUAUUGAAAUAAUUUUUAUUUUUAAUAAAAAAAAGUUUAUACAAAAAAAAUUAUAUUAUAUAAAAUAAAGUUGAAAUUAUUUAUUCAAGUGA